CUUCUUCUUCUGCUUCCGGUGUCUGGCGCCUCCACGGCCGCCGUCGAGCAGCCGGUGGAAGCAGGAUAUAUUGCACAGAUACUAUGAAGGCCAUUAUUCUAGCCGCUGGCUAUGGCACAAGGUUCAGUCGUGAUCUACAGAACGAUAACAGUGGAGAUUUCAAGCAUCUCCAUGGCAUCCCUAAACCCCUUUUACCAGUAGGAGAUCAGCCACUCAUCAGUCAUUGGAUGACAACAAUAAAUAAGAUUAAGUCUAUUGAUGCAGUUUAUGUUAUUACCAACGAUCUCUAUUAUGCAAAAUUUGAAGAUUGGGCAAAGGAGUUCCAACUAGUUAAAGUCCUAAAUGAUGGAACAAGAAGCAAUGAGGAACGUUUGGGUGCAAUUGCUUGUCUUCAGCUUGCCAUUACUCAAUUUAACAUCAAUGAUCAUAUAUUGGUUCUAGGCGGGGAUACAUUGUUCUACGAGGACUUCAGUCUUUCGGAUAUCCUUGCAAAAUUUGAUGAGCUUCAGAAUAUUAACUGCGAAAGCAGUUUGGUUUUGUCAUACCUAUGCAAAGAUGAAGAAACUGCAAAGUUUGGCAUAUUGGAAAUAAAUGAAAAAUUCCAAGUCACUGGAUUUAAAGAAAAACCCAGCUUCACUGAAACAACAUCUCGCAGAGCAUGCCCAUGCUUUUACAUAUACUCAAAAAAUACAGUUCCAUUAAUUGCAAAAUUUCUUCAAGACAAACAGAAUUCACCCUUGGAAGAGAGAGAUGCGCCUGGAAAUUUUUUACUUUGGGUCUACUCAAGGAAACCAGUGUAUGUCUAUCAUGUAUGUGGCCGAUUUGAUGUUGGAAACCUUCCAUCAUACAUUGAAUGUACCAAAUACUUCCAGAAAUCUUGUGAUACGUAAUCCGAUUCCAAUUAAUUUUUUUUUUAAACUUGUGGUGACCAUUUAUUUUGUUAAUAUUUUAAAUAGAACUGUCUAAUAGUGGAAACAAAGAAAAUGGUUUGACACCAUACAUUUAAUGAAACCUUCUGAUUACAAGUUCUGACAUUAUGGUUUAAAAUAGAUGUUAUUAUUGCAGCAUUGAGCAAAUACAAACCAGAAAUGCACAGUCGUAGAUUUCUCAUCUUAGUUAACUUGAAAAUAAUGCAUUUCUUAUUCAGCUGACCAGUGACAGAAUGUCAAACGAUGAUGAGAUAUCCUCAGCUUUUAAAAUAACAUUUCUGAAGUGAUUGUAUAAUCCUUAUGCUUUUUGAAUGAUGCAACGAAAGGGUGUUUGUAAAUUACAUCACUUUAUAAGACAAUUUCUUUGGAGAACAUGAAGUGAUACAAGGCAGUUUUUCUGCCUUUACAGUCAAAAAAUAUAGGGCUCAUGUUGGAAGAAAACACCAGUCAGUUAAUCUGUAUCAUUCCUGUAAAACCCUGAAUGGUCUUCCUCUGAGGUGUACUUUCCAUUAUGCAUAAGCUUAUAACAGCAACAAUAUGUAAUUUGUUUUGAAAUUGUUACUUAAUUGCUGAGAUUACUUUGGAAAGAUUUCAUGUUUGUAUAUUAUCAAUGAUAGUUUUUUUUGAAUGAAAUUCAGAAUACUUAUUUUCAAAUUCUUUAGGCAGAAUUGACUGGAAGACUUCUAAAUUUGAGGUUUAUUGAUACAAUUUCAACAAACCUUUUGUAUCAAACCAGUAAAAGCUACAUUUAAAUUCUGCUGGAAGCGAACUGUAUAUAGCUAAAUUAAACAUGCUUGACUAUCAUCAGUAUUUUUAUUAAAUGAAAUCUAUUUUACAACUGCAUAGAGUACUGCCAGUUUGUGGGGAUGCUUAAUAUGAUUAGGCCAACCUUAGAGGUGCCAAAUUUCAUGCAAAAAUGUUUGGAUCAAA